GAGCUCCUUCGGACGUUUCUCAAGAUCUGCUACACAAACAAUGGACAUUAGUCACGCCACCAAUCAUUCCUCAUCAAUGUCUAGACGGCCACUUUACGAAGUUUUCCUGAGUUUCAGAGGGCCGGACGCGCGCAGGGACUUUGUGGAUUGCCUGUGCACCAGCUUGACUGAUGCUGGGAUUGGCGUCUUUAAGGACGAGGAAGAGCUGAAGAUAGGCGAAGGAAUCACGCCCCAGCUGAUCCAGGCGAUCAAGCAGUCCAAGAUAUCAAUACCCGUCAUAUCCAAGGGUUACGGGUACAGCAAGAGCUGCCUCAUGGAAUUGGAGCAAAUGUUGAAAAGCAUGGACAACGAGAGUCACCUCAUCAUCCCCAUCUUCUACUACGUCAACCCGUCGGAUGUACGCAACUGCAGGGGCCCUUUCGCAAGGUCCAUGCAAGGGCACAAGCGCAACUAUGAGGGCAGUGUCAUUAAUUCCUGGGUGUCUUCUCUCCGUCAGAUCGGACAGUUGACGGGAUACCAUCUCCAUGAAACCAGUGAAAUGCCUCAUGGCAAGCUCAUAAAGCAAAUUGUCCACCAAGUUCUGCACAAGCUGAAGAAGGAGGACCUAAUAGUGACGAAACAUUUAGUCGGAGUCGAUCCUCAUGUGCAAGACAUAAUGGCAAAGCUGAAGGUUGACUACCGAAAUGGGCAAGCGGUUAAUAUUGGGCCGACACGUGAAAAGGUGUUAAUACAUGGCAUCGCAGGGGUUGGUAAGACAGCCCUGGCGAAACAUGUUUAUAAUCAAAUUUAUCAUCUGUUUGAUGCCUGUAGCUUUCUUGGGCAGAUCCGAGCCGAAAUUAAGCGUCACCGCGUCUUGUCUCUGCAAAACAAACUGAUUUCCGACCUCCAUAAAGGAAAUGUCCAAAAGUUUUAUUGUUCUGACAACGCUCUGACUCAUAUUCAGAACAGGUUUCUUACCAUGAAGAUCCUCGUUCUCCUUGACGAUGUGAAAGAUCACGAACAGCUCGGCGCAAUAGUAGGGGAGCUUGAUUGGCUUGGCCCAGGGAGCAGGGUCAUUCUGACAUCCCAAACAAAAGACGUUCUUAGAAACAUCAACGGUGCGGAGAGUUUUGGCCUCGGACUGAUGGGACAACAUGAAGCUCUGAGAUUGUUCUGUAGGCAUGCUUUUGGGAAGGAUUCUCCCCCAGAGAAAUUCGAGAAUCUGUCAAAAGAUAUCGUUGCUGCUACUGACGGGCUUCCUUUAGCGCUCACGGUGGUAGGUUCAUCUCUGUUUCUCGUAAAAUCAAAGAAAGCGUGGCAAGAAACAUUGACUGCAUUGGAAGCAGCCCCUGAUAAGAGGGUCCAAGCAGCCUUGGAGAAGAGCUACAUCAACCUAGAUGAGAAUGAACGGCAGAUAUUUCUUGAUAUAGCAUGCUUCUUCAUUGGAAAGGACAAGAGAAUCCCCUCUUACAUGUGGGACGACUAUGGGUAUUAUCCUUCUUUAUCGAUUCGAGCUCUUCAUGCCAGGUCUUUGGUAGAAAUCGGAGAGGAUAAAGAACUAUGCAUGCAUGAAAUACUGAAAAAUUUUGGCCGGGAACUGGUCAAGAGUGAAAACAGAAAUGAACCUUGCAAACGCAGUAGAUUGUGCGACCACAAAGACGCACUGCAUGUACUAAAUAAAAGUGAGGGUACUAAGAAAGUCGAAGCCCUCGGGCUCGAGUUUGGUGAGGGAUCCGAAGGGAAUUUCUGUUUUGGAUGUGAUCAAUUUGAUGGUUUACAGAAGUUGAGGUUCCUGAAGCUGGAUCAGGCUAAUAUUCGGGGAAACUUUGGGGAUCGUCUUUUGAGCUUAAGGUGGCUUGAUUGGCGAGGGUGCCCAAAGACUUUUGGCGAUUUAAAUCUGAAUUUAAAAGACUUGGUGAUUCUUGAUUUGUCGUGGAGUCAGGUUGAUGGAGACUGGAGAGGUUGGGAGCUGCUCGACCAGGUGCGGACUGAAUUCACUAUCUUCAUUCAUUUUUUCUGUGGAGGACGUAUUUAUCAGGAACAAAACAUUUACUAUCAUAACCUAUUUGUCUUGCAGACAAAGAAAUUGAAAGUUUUGAAACUAACUGGCUGUGUCCAAUUGACUACCACUCCAAAAUUUCCUGCUUCAAUGGAGCUGGAAAGACUUAUUCUGGAAGGUUGCUCUCAACUAGCAGCUAUCCAUCCAUCAUUUGGUAAUCUGAAGGAGUUGGUUUCUUUGAAUAUGAAGGGAUGCAGUCUCGUCGGUGGAUCACUAGAUUUGGGUCCCAUGAGAGGCUUGAAAGAGCUGUUGAUUGAUGGAACUUCUAUUCGUCGGAUUAAUUUCAAAGAAGGUUCCAUCAGGAAGCUCAAAAUCCUCAGUGCUCGCGGUUGUAAACACCUGAAUGAAAUACCCAAUUCAAUCAGGUACUUAAAGUCUCUCACAUUUCUUGCUCUAGACGGCUCUGAAAUCAGUACCCUCCGGGAGUCCAUCGAGGAGUUGGAGAAACUGAAGACACUGUCUCUGAAGAACUGCGGGAGGCUAUCCUAUCUUCCAGAUGGAAUAGGGAAGCUCAGCUCACUGCAAUCCCUGGAUUUAUCUCACACUGGGAUUCAGAAGUUACCACCUUCAGUCAAGGAUUUGAAAGCUAUGAAAGUGCUUAGAAUGAAGGAGACUUUCAUACACGAGUUCCCUGAAGCUAUACUAAAUUUGGAGAAGCUAGAAGAGAUAGAUUUAUCGUCAUGCCAGAGAUUAGAGGGGAGAAUCAACUAUGACAUCGGGACAUUGUCGUCUUUGGCAAUCCUGAAACUGUCCGACACUCCGAUUUCUGGCCUACCUCCAAGUAUUUUGCGCCUUUCUCAUCUUCGGGAACUCCACAUCCUCGGAUGCAAUAAUCUUCAGAGCCUACCCAAGUUGCUCGAGUCGGUUAUUGUUUUUAAGUGA